AACGCAAUUCCUCCUUACUGACAAGCAUUAAACUAGACUCGAGUAAGCGUGGCGCUCAGGUGCCAUUGUUCGCCGCAGGAGGACAUACACGCCAGACGCCCUAGUGUCGGUGGGACACUACUUCAGCGAGGACAAGAACUUCAUGGGAUGCUUGGCCGUGCCUCCCACGCUCCUAGACGUGCCGCCGAGCGAUGACUACUACUACAGCUUGAAUACCGCGCACGAGGCAGCCAAGAUGGUGGACGACAAGCUCGCCAACAUGACCAAGGUCGUGUCCGUGGCGAUGUUCGGUCGCUGGUACAGGCCGUUGUACCCGGAUCCGGAGGUUGUCGACAAGCCCGGCAAUUACUCACCACUGCAGGCCUGCUCGAUGAUUCCUGAAAGCCAAAUUGGCAACAUCGCAGACGUGUGCGCGAACCCCACGUACACGGCAUCGUACCACGACAACAAAAGCCAAUCUCAAGUUGUUUACAGCAAGAAGACGGAAAGAAUGUUUAUUUACGACGACAGCGCGUCCAUGCGCAGCAAGGCAAGUUGCUGAAAAAAACA